GAAGGGGACUGUUUUAUGUUGGUUGUUUUCGUUCGUUUCUACUGUUUUUCUAUACGACGGCCGCGCUUGUGCCUUCCGUUGAUCCCCGGGAUUCGUGUGACAGGAAAGUGCAGCUCAUACCACUCACAUCCAGUCAGUGAACAAGAGAGGGCCAAUCGAGGUAGACAACAUCACAUCAGGUGCAGGUUGUAUAGGGACGCGGAAAAUUGAUUUUUCCCCUUUCUAAAUCGUCGUGCGCUCGUCGUGGUGUGUGAAAAGUUUUCCGAUUUGUGAAAAUCCUCUUAAUUGGCGUUUUAAAUUGUUUUUGAAUAAUCAAGAGUGUUUUGUCGUUCACCAACCGAGAAUCUGCAAAAAAGGAAAAUGGAUGCGUUAAUCGAUGAGGUGGAAUCACUGGAGGCCAUCCUGAUGGAGGACGUCACCAUCCACCGGAACGACAGUGGCAUUCCAAGUUUGAUCGAAACCACGGUGUUUCCGACGGUCGGCGAGGAGGUCGAUAGCCAGUACGUUUGCAUUACACUACAAGUUCAACCGGUCAACGGCUAUCCGGACGUGAAACCGAUCAUCAAACUGAAGAAUCCUCGCGGGCUGGACGAUCACUGCAUCAAUACGAUCGAAGCUGCCGUUCGCCAGAAGCUGGACGAAUCUCUCGGUCAACCUGUGGUGUUCGAUUUGAUUGACAUCAUUCGGGAGCAUCUGACCGAAAGCAACCUACCGACCGGUCAGUGCGUAAUUUGCCUGUACGGAUUUCAGGAAGGGGACGAGUUUACCAAAACCGUCUGCUACCACUAUUUGCACAGUCACUGUUUGGCGUGCCAUUUGAAGGCUUCGAAGCGCAACUACGACGAGGAGCUGGCCAAGAUGCCGGUCUGGAAGCAGAAGGAAGCCAAACCGUACCAGGCUCAGUGUCCCGUUUGUAGGGAAUCGAUCGAGGUUCAGGUUGAACCGUUGAGUAAGUGUCGGCCGCCAAGCGAGCUAGCCAAUGCGCCCCGAUUCCAGCUGACCGAUGAGCUGAAAGCAUUGCAAGUGCAAAUGAACCGGCUGUAUAUGCACCAGAAGAGCCGUGGGGGUAUUAUCGAUUUAGAUGCCGAGGAGGUUAAUGUAAUUUCCAUCGAAACUGAAGGUGGCAAUGGGGAGCAGGCUUCGAAAACAUCUAAUGGUUCCAAUCAAGAACCUAGCGAGAGUUCAACAAAUGUGAGCACGACGCAGAAAGCAACGCCGGUAGCAAACUCCACCAGCCAUGAUCGUGGUCAGAAUUCGCGCCAUUCAGGAGCUGGUGGAGCUAAUAAAAAUCGAUCUUUGAAACCUCAAAACGGAAAUGUUACUACUCCUGGAGCAAUCACUCAAAACGAUAACAGCACUGCGGAUACCUCUAUACAACCGAGUCAUCCUCGGGGCAGUGGUGGUGGUCAUCGUCAUCGAAGGAAUUACCAGAAUCAUCGACACCAUCACCACCAUAAUCAUCAUCACGGUCGCGGAGGAGGCGAAGGCAAGGGAGCUGAAUCAACAAGUGCUGCCGCAACAACUGUCAAUGGUGGCCAGAAACACUCCAACAACCCCCACGCAUCCGGUGGCAGGUGACAAUUGUUGCCCCCGGAAUUCGCGGCAGGUUGGAGCGAUCAGCAGCUCUCGGCGUUGAACCGGGUAGAGUUGCAUUCUAUCCUCCCACACACCCAGAACAAUUCACGGCGGUUCAACGCUCUCAACCAUCCGCAGUCAUCAACGAAUGGUCCGCUGAUGGAAGGAACAUUACCAACCCAAAGACGGCUGUUGUGGAUAUAACAUUUCGCCCAAGGUAAGCCCGUAUCAGCCAUAAUAGCACUGCGGAACCGUUUCCGGCUCCGGAUUAAUCUUCUCUGUCAUAUGAAUAGCGUUCAAAUUUGUAUUACUCUAUUAACCGUGUCUAAAGAUAUCGCUAGUAUCAACCGCAUGGGAGUCGGUAUCGACUGUGGCAGCGCAAAAUAUUCUAGCAAUUGUAAUAACCAAUCCACUUGUUCCACUGUCGCUAUUACUACUAACACCACUCUUAGAACAAAAACUACAAUCAAGUCUAUCACGUGUGAAGAUAUUAUUAUUGAUAGCAGCCAAAGGUGCAGUAGCAAGUCUGUUCGACUAAUUAGAAUAUCGUGGUUUUGUACUUGUACAACAAGCGUGCCAAAGGUCGAUGAUCGAUUGGUCCAACAAAUUGGCCAAUCGGAUGGCGAUGGUAGACCCUUCAAGCACGGGCUCAGAAGGCUCUCGGCAGCCUUGUUCAAAAUUGGUUCGGUUGCUGCUCAGAAAGCAGUAGCCCUUUACUUUCAUUUGACUGCGCUCGAUUGUGAUCUUUUAUAACAUUAGGAACAGUCUAGGGUUGCUUACACGGUUCAUGAUAUCAAGAGAUUAAGGCUUCACAUGUAAAGUUUUAGACUGAAUAGGCGCUGAACUGUGUUAAUGAAAUGUUUAUGUUUGAGUGGAUAUGAUUUAUGGUUGAUCAAGCUUUUUCAACGGUUUAGGCCGAGAAACGUUUUGAUAUCGAAUCGCCUACAGUAAAGCUGGAUUUUCAUUUGAAUGUGGUUUGAAUUGAUAAAGUUUUCUUUUUUUUUUCUUUAAAUAUAAUUCGUAAUUUAAUUUUUCUUACAAUAUAAUAAUUGGCAAUCAUCUUUUAUUUUUUGUUGUUGUGGAAUUUUAAGUUUAUCAGGCUUAAUUUUAUAAGUCAUAUUGAAUUUAUUUCUUGUAGAAAAAAAAUUCUUACAUUAUUUUUUCCAGAUUUCUCUGUAAACCUGGUUCAGCAAUCUAUACAUGUACCGUUAAGAAAACCGACUGUGUCCAUUUUGUGUAAACGAUGUGAUUGUACAGUUAAGUUAAACGUAAAGGAUUUGUUGUUAUCAUGUACAAAUGCCGUCUUUAGGUUGUUAUAUUUAUUUCUAUCAUCAAGAGAAAACUAUAUCCUAUUAGGUAUAUAUUUAUGAAAAACAUUUGCUUUGCAUAACGAAUAAAUUAUUUCGCAUAUGUAUACCACACCCGAUUGUGGGACAAGAACUCGACGCGAAUCGCUCUAAACCGGGCUACAAUCACAUCUCCUCGAUGUUCUAAUUCAGCAGAGCAGCCUAAAAAAUAAAAGCUAUUCCUCUGUGAACCAUCUACGAACGAUUAUGCUCACUUAUUGAUAUUAAUACAACAAGCACAACAUUCCAUGUUACAAUUCGAAGUGCAAUGUAUGUGUGACAUCCAGAUAUUGAAAGAAAUCUACACCUUCAAAAAUAAAUCAAAUCGAAUUUAACCGAAAAUCAUGUAGAAUUUGUAAUUAGUUCGCAAUUUGAGCGCUUUGAAGCGUGCCAAAAUCAUACCAAAUUUUACCUAAUCCUCAGAAAUGGUCAAAAUUUUGAAACUGAUACGGAUAAAAAACUUUGAAAAAGUCUAUUACAUGUCGCCAUCAGCUAUCAGUUUCAUUAAGAUUGUAAAAAAAAAAACAUUGGCAAUGAUCAAAUCAUCACAUCAUAUGGUAGAGAACUCCUGGGCUUCUAUCCGGUAAAAAUGAAUGGACCCGGCAUUAUCAAAAAUAUCUUAAAAUUGUAACCAACUGAUAGUAUACAAAAAUAAAUAAAAUAUUUCGAUUGAGCUGGAUCAACAUACUAAUAAUAUGAAGGUAAACCAAACCAUACGAGCAAACUAUGCAAAACAAUAGAAACCCAAAGUCAAACAACUUAACCGGUAGUAGUGGUUCGAUUUCAUUGUAAUUUCAGUAAAAAUAAAAUCAAUCUGACGAAAUACUCUAUCAAGAAUAA